GUCCCCUCCUAGUUUGACGUCCGCAAUAUGGCCUGACAAAUCACCGAGAUACCAGACUUCUAUGACGCCCUAAACCGUUAUUCACUACUUGCGCUCUAUAAUACCCUCCCUCCCAUACCCCAACACUGUGAUUCACUGUUGAAAGACCUCACUCCUCCGGCCUUCAUUUGCAUCCAGCUACUGCCAACGACUGCAAGAAGUGGCGACACUCGGUGUAAAGUGUGUGGCUGGACUUCCUUAGUCGUGUAGCACCAUGAAGUUCUCAGAAAGUGAAGCCACGGAGGUGAAGACAUGGGUGGUGCGAAAAUUGGAAGAUAUAUCCGACGCCGAUUCCGACGUAUUAGCAGACUACGUACUCGCGCUUAUUAGGGCCGACGCUCCAGAUGAAGAAAUCAGGAAAGCCUCUGUGGAGGGGCUGGAAGACUUUUUAAGAGAGCACACUGUUCCGUUUGUCGAUGAGCUUUUCACUACUUUUGCGCCGAAACAAAAUGCUCCUCCCGCAAGCGCACAUCCGCCGAGUCAACCGCAGGUCUCCAACAAUAUCGAUGCGCCGAGGGCAGGUGCUCAUCAAAAAGUCCCAUUCAACCCUCCAUCUGGUCCUUCCAGGGGUCCCUAUGGACCUCCUAUGAGCAAUGCGCCCCAGUCACAGACGGGCUCAACUAGUUAUAAUCGCAAACGUAGCUAUCAUGAAGGAUUUCAGGCAGAGCAGGAGUACGAAGAGGCUCCCCAUACUAGGAACUUCAAGACCCCACGACGUGGGCGGGGUGGCGGAAGAGCAGAUUGGAUGGGGCGCGAUAGCCGUGCAGCUCCUGGACAGUUCGGCCCUCCCCCAGCGGGCGGAUUUCCCGUGAUGCCUCCAGCUUUCCCUUCAUUCGAUCAGAAUGACCCAAUGGCGGCGAUGAUGGCCAUCCAGAGUAUGGGAUUUCCACAGAUGCCUGGUAUGCCUCCAAUGCCUAUGCCAGCCCCUAGUGGCGGCGCUGGCCAGCCACAAGAGCCAAUGGCACCAAAGAGCUCAGAGCGGUGUCCUUUCUGGGAUACACAAGGAAUCUGCUAUUUGGGUGCUACUUGCCCGUACCAGCACGACACGCCCGGUAUUUCGAAGGAAGAUGAAUAUGACCCGAAAUCAUCUAACAUCGUGACGGAUUUCCAGAGACGGGACACCGAACCCCCGCCUCGUGGCAGCGACAGAGGUCGGGGCAACGACAGAGGUCGGGGUCGUGGCCGUGGUGACAGAGGCGGGUUCGGAGGUCGAGGACGUCGAUCUGAGUACUCCGCAGCUGGUCCCAGCGAGGACACUUCUAUCACCACAAUUGUUGUUGAGCAAAUCCCAGACGAUAAGCUAGAUGAAACCACAGUAAGGGAGUUCUUCUCUCAGUAUGGCGAGAUCGUCGACCUUUCUUUGCAAUAUCACAAGAAGCUUGCGUUGAUCACAUAUGAUAGCCACGCAGCUGCCAAGCGCGCAUGGUCUAGCCCAAAGGUGAUCUUCGACAACCGAUUUGUCAAGGUGUAUUGGCACAAGGCCAAGGCAGAUAAGAAUGGCGAUCAUCGUCAAGGGCCGAGUGAUGCUGAACCGUUCAAUCAGGAGGAGUUCGAAAGGCAGCAAGAAGCAGCGCAGAAAGCCUAUGAGGAGAAGGUCAGGAAGCGCAAGGAGACCGAAGAAGCAAAACAGGCCCUGGAGAAGCAGCGCGACGAACUCUUAAAGAAACAACUGGAAGAGAAAGAAAGACUUAUGCAGAGACUUGGCGGCAAUGGUGUCAGCAACGGUGCUGCACCCUCAAACGGGGAGAGCAAUGCUUCUCCUCCAGAGGAUGUCAGCGAGCAAACCAUGCAGUUGCGUGCACAAUUAGCGGCACUAGAAGCCGAAGCCAAGACUCUUGGAAUCGACCCCAGUGGCUCGGAUUCCAGUGCGCCCUCGUACCGUGGUCGUGGCCGUGGAUACCUUGGGCGAGGUGGUUAUGCGCCCCGUGGCCGCGGAUACGAUCCUAAUUAUCGCGGAGGCUAUCGCGGCCGAGGAGGCAUGGCCCGUGGUCGGGGAGGUGUUCUUCGCCUCGACAAUCGUCCCAGGAGAGUUGCUGUUUCAGGUGUUGAAUUUGAUUCGGACAAGGACGAAGCAUUGCGGCAGUUCCUAAUUGGAGUUGGUGAAUAUGAGUCUAUUCAGCCUAACCCAGAGCAAUCGGAUUCCUUGAUAGUCGCGUUCAAAGAACGCUAUAUCGCAGAGAAAUUUAUGUACGGACCCUGGCAGAUACCGUCUGUCGGCGAAGUGCAACUGACCUGGGUCCCUAACCCUCCGAUUACCGUUGCACCCACUCCAGGCUCUGGACUUGAUACUAAAACCGGAUCUGAUGAGGACACAGUGAUGGAGACUACUACCCCGCCUGAUCCAUCGGCCGGACGGAGAGAUGGCAAUCACGAAGUUGAUUACGACGUGGCGGAGGAGGAUGAUAGUUGGGGUGUGCAGUAGAUAUGGCACUCAUGUUCCCCUGUAUACAUAGAAGGACAUAACUCGUACUGUGACCAAGAAGAAAAUUGUUGUCUACCGAUUGACAGGUUAAAUCAAGAGUCUACUGUAUA